AUGCCUUGCUCUAGAUCUCUUGUUUUAUGCGGAUCCGUGGCAGAGACUGUAGCUUAUGACUUGGUUUUAGAAGUUGCUUUGAAAGUUCAACAUUUUCAGCAAAGACAUUUACUGCUGCAUGGUGAAUGGAAAUGGUUAUUGGAAGAAUUUGCAAUCUAUUAUGGGGUUUCUGACUCAUACACGAAACUAAGAUACCUUUCUUAUGUCAUGGAUGUUGCCACUCCUACAGCCGAUUGUCCGACUCUUGUGCAUGAUUUGCUUUAUCCUGUGGUUAUGAAGGGCCGCACAAAAAGCACACUAAGUCAUCAAGAGAAUCGCAUCUUAGGAGAAGUAGAAGACCAAAUUGAGCAGAUACUUGCUCUGGCAUUUGAGAAUUACAAAGCCUUAGAUGAAUCACUGGCUUCUGGAAUCCUCGACGUCUUUCAGCCUGCAAAGGGGUGUGCUGCGCCUGCUUUGCAACCUGCAGUUAAACUCUACACGCUACUUCACGAUAUCCUGUCUCCUGAGGCGCAAACCAAACUAUGCAAACACUUCCAGGUUGCUGCGAAGAAGAGAUCUAAGAGGCAUUUAGCUGACACAGAUAAGUAUGUUAAUAACACCGGUGAAGGAAACUUGCUGGAUCAUGUCACUAUGUCCACAGCCUACCAGAAAAUGAGAACCCUUUGCUUGAACAUCAGUAAUGAAGUUUCCACAGAUAUUGAAAUCUACAAUCAGAAUAUACUUCCCAGCUUUGUUGAUCUCCCAAAUCUAUCUUCGUCAAUAUAUAGUGUAGAACUCUGCAACCGGAUACGCGAGUUCCUGAUUGCAUGCCCUCCAUCUGGUCCUUCACAGCAUGUGGCUGAACUUGUAACAGCGACUGCUGAUUUCCAAAGAGAUCUUGUCAGCUGGAACAUCAAUCCCAUAAAAGGUGGAGUUGAUGCAAAAGAAUUGUUCCACUUGUAUAUUGUUGUUUGGAUUCAAGAUAGGCGCCUGGCUUUGCUGGAGACCUGCAAACUUGACAAGGUCAAAUGGUCUGGGGUGCGUACGGAACAUUCUACUACCCCUUUUGUCGAUGAAAUGUAUGAUAGGCUGAAAGAAACAUUAAAUGAUUAUGAGGUCAUCAUUAGCCGCUGGCCAGAAUAUAGCUUUGCCUUGGAAAAUGCUUUCGCUGAUGUAGAGAAGCCCAUAGUGGAAGCUCUAGACCGACAAUAUUCUGAUGUCUUGGCUCCUUUAAAGGAAAAUUUGGCUCCAAAGAAGUUCGGUUUCAAGUAUGUACAGAAACUUACCAAGAGAACCGUGUGCCCCUAUGCUGUUCCAGACGAGGUUGGGAUCCUUCUAAAUUCAUUGAAAAGGAUGCUCGACAUUCUUGGGCCCAAAAUAGAAACUCAAUUCAAGUCAUGGGGAUCCUGCAUACCUAAUGCUAGGAACCAGGUUCCAGGAGAGUGUUUAAGCGAGGUUACCGUCAUGUUAAGAGCCAAGUUCAAAAACUAUUUACAAGCCAUUGUUGAGAAGCUUGUUGAAAAUACGAGGCUACAAAAUGCUACAAAAAUGAAGAAAAUUCUUCAAGAUUCCAAGGAAAGCGUUGGAGAAUCCAAUGUUAGAAAUAGAAUGCAGCCACUUAAAGAACAGCUGACAAGCACGAUGAAUCAUUUGCAUGCUAUCUUUGAGUCUCAUGUCUUCAUUGCUAUUUGCCGGGGCUACUGGGACCGAAUCGGACAGGAUGUGCUCAAAUUCUUGGAAAACCGAAAAGAAAAUAAAGCAUGGUACAAGGGUUCGACAAUUGCUGUUUCCGUGCUCGAUGAUACGUUUGCAUCACAGAUGCAGCAGCUGUUAGGUAAUGCUUUACAAGAGAAGGAUAUUGAGCCACCUCGAUCAAUGAUGGAAGUCCGGUCAAUGCUCUGUAAAGAUGCCCAGAUUCACAAGAACACACACGUUUUAUUACUGAAAAAUGAUAAUUGUAAAUACGUUGUGAUUGUAGUGACAAUUUUGUGAAUGAGGCAGGUAAAUGUAGUACAUAAUGAAAUUAGCACAUUCUUAAGAAAACAACAUCAUUCAUAUAACAUUCUUUUUGUUCAUAAAA